CUCUCUCUCUCUCUCUCCCUCUCUCUCUCAGCAUCAUCUUUUUGGGGCUUCUGCACUACCUUCGACAUGGGAGAAGCUCAGGAAGUUCAACUUCACAUCAUGGACCAAGAAGCUAAAGAUCAAAUAAACUUACCUCAAUAUACAAGUAUCACCGAUCAGUGCUCAACGGCUCCACAAACAAGAAACUACAGGCGGUGGAUCGGCAUAGCAAUCUGUACAGUCUUGCUCCUGGUUGGACAGUCAGUGGCUAUGCUUUUGGGAAGAUUGUACUUUGUUAAAGGUGGAAACAGUAAAUGGAUGGCAACACUAGUCCAACUUGCAGGCUUUCCGGUUCUUAUUCCCUUCUAUCUCAUCUCAACUACCAGUAAACCCAGCACAAAUGAUAGCCAAAUAAAAUCACCAUCUGUCACAACACUUCUAUUGAUUUACGUAUCGAUUGGACUGCUUGUAGCAGCAGGCUGCUAUCUAUACACUAUUGGACUGCAGUACCUUCCUGUGUCCACUUACACCCUCAUCUGUGCAUCUCAGUUGGCCUUCAAUUCUGUCUUCUCCUUUUUGCUCAAUGCACAGAAGUUCACACCAUUUAUAAUCAAUUCUCUAGUCCUCCUUACCAUCUCCUCUAUCCUACUUGUCUUUAAUAAUGAGUCUUCAGACGGCACUUCUGGAGUCUCCAAAGCAAAAUAUGCUAUUGGUUUCACAUGCACUGUUGCUGCUUCCGCGGGGUACGGACUGGUGCUCUCUUUGACACAGCUCUGCUUCAACAAGGUUAUAAAGAGGCAGACAUUUAAGGUAGUCCUCGACAUGAUAAUCUAUCAACAAAUAGUAGCGACUUCUGUUAUUGUAGUUGGACUUUUUGCUAGUGGAGACUGGAAGGGUCUAACAAGAGAAAUGGAUGGGUAUAAAAUGGGAAAGGUUUCCUAUGUGAUGAACUUAGUUGGGACUGCCAUAUCUUGGCAGUUUUUCGCGAUUGGCUGCGUUGGAUUGAUUUUUCAUGUUUCUUCCUUGUUUUCCAAUGCCAUAAGUGUUUUGGGAUUGCCUAUUGUUCCAGUCCUAGCUGUGUUCGUAUUCAAUGACAAAAUGGGUGGUGUGAAGGCAAUUUCGAUGGUGUUGGCUAUCUGGGGUUUCAUUUCCUAUGCCUAUCACCACUAUCUAGACGACCGCAAUUGCAAGGAUGAAAAAAGAAAUGCCGAUGAGGUUUCUAAAGCUCUCAUGCUGGAAAGCUAACUGGUGUCUACGAUCUAUGGGAGCCUGGAAGUUGAUCGGUGACAGAUUUCCAUGUUUACAUACAAUUCGGGUGCCUCUGUCAUGUCCUAAAAUGUAGUUUUCUACCAUGUAGCAGACCUGUAAAACAGUUAAGCUAGGAGUGCUGUAAAAGAGCAUGAAUGAUCAAAUUAUACGAGCAUAUUGGAAGGAUUGCUGAGUAUGAAUUGGUUUAGGUCUAUCUGCUGGAAACAAUGUAACAUGUUAAUUGAGUAGCAGGGACUAAAAGAUCUAUCACUGAAUCUCACGAGACUAAUCACUUAUCAGGAUUGCAUUUGCAUGUGGAUGUGGAUGUGGAUGACCUCUCAUAGCAAUUUAAAACUGCAAUUGGUGCUGUGUAAGAAUUAUCAUUAAUGCUUAGCCAUCCCUGCUGACCAGUUGGUCCAUUCUGUUAAGAAUUUGAACCUUCCGCUUCUCUCAUUAAGGCUUCCCGCUCGAAUGUGGACAAAGAUUGGCCAUAUGAUGUGCUAAAGUGAAAGUACGUAGUCAAUAAACUACAUAGCUUUUGGACUAGGAAAAAGUAGAUGGUUUUCUGAUAUGGGAAUUCGGCCCAUGAAUAUUUGAGAGAACGAUCUAGUGUAUAAAUUCAUAAGAUGAACUGAAACUUUGUUAUCCUUGAAUUUGAUUUUGCUUCUCAAAGUUCA